AUGGCUGAUCGUGGACACUUCAAAAAAGAAGGGGAGGAGGAGGAAGAUGCUGAGGAGGAGCUUGACGAGACCGUGGGCGUCCCUGACUACAAGGCACAAAAAGAUGCCGUUCUUUUCGCCAUCGAUGUCAGUUCAUCCAUGCUGCAGCGCCCCCCGACUUCGGGCUCCAAGAAGGCGGAUAAGGACAGCGCCGUCGAGGCGGCCUUGAAAUGCGCCUACCACCUCAUGCAGCAGCGCAUCAUCUCGAACCCUCGUGACAUGAUGGGCAUCCUCUUCUUCGGCACUGAGAAGUCCAAGUUCCAAGAGGAAAGUGGUCGUUCUGGUCUGGGGUACCCGCAUUGCUACCUAUUCACCGAUCUCGACAUUCCCGCCGCAGAGGACGUCAAGGCGCUCAAGACGCUAGUCGGCGCCGACGGAGAAGAAGGCGAGGAUGAAGAUGACGUCCUGGUUCCGGCGAAGGAGGAAGUCCAGAUGGCCAACGUCUUCUUUUGCGCGAAUCAGAUCUUUACGACCAAGGCGGCGAAUUUUGGCAGCAGGCGCCUGUUCAUCAUCACAGACAAUGACAACCCUCAUGGCAAUAACAAGGACGCCAAAUCGGCAGCCGCCGUUCGAGCCAAGGAUCUCUACGAUCUCGGCGUUGUCAUUGAACUAUUUCCCAUCACGAGAGAAGACAAGAAAUUCAACCUCGGCAAAUUCUAUGACGACAUCAUCUAUCGAGACCAAACCGCCGAGGCCCUCUCCGAAGUGCGGAACUCGAAGUCAGGGGACGGCCUCACCCUUCUCAAUUCCCUGAUAUCCAACAUCAACUCCAAGGAAACCACCAAACGUGCCUUGUUCUCAAACCUCCCCUUCGAGAUCGCCCCUGGCCUGAGGAUAUCGGUCAAGGGCUACAACGUCAUCCACCGCCAGACGCCAGCCAGAACGUCGUACAUCUACUUGGACGGCGAGAAGCCUCAACUCGCUAUUGGCGAGACGACCCGGAUAGCCGAGGAUAGUGCCCGCACGGUAGAGAAGACCGAGUUCAAGAAGGCUUACAAGUUUGGCGGCGAAUACGUCCAUUUCGCCCCGGAGGAGCAGAAGUCUCUCAAGGACUUUGGCACCCCCAUCAUCCGCAUCAUUGGCUUCAAGCCGCGCUCCAUGCUCCCCUUCUGGGCCUGCGUUAAGAAGUCUACCUUUAUCUUUCCCUCGGAGGAGGAUUACGUCGGUUCGACCCGCGUAUUCAGCGCCCUGUGGCAAAAGCUUCUCAAGGACCAAAAGGUCGGCAUUGCCUGGGCCAUCACCCGCGCUAACGCGAGUCCAAUCCUCGUCGCCAUCAUUCCCUCCCACGAAAAGUCGGAAGAUGACUCAGGAACUCCCUACCUGCCCGCCGGUCUUUGGCUCUAUCCGCUGCCCUUUGCCGACGACCUCCGCGAGGGUCCUGAGCCGCCCAGCAACCUCGUCGUCAGCUCUAACGAGCUUAUCGACCGCAUGCGCGUCAUCGUCCAGCAGUUGCAGCUACCAAAGGCCAUGUUCAACCCCAAGAAGUACCCCAACCCCUCGCUACAGUGGCACUACAAGAUCCUUCAGGUCUUGGCCCUCGAGGAGGAGUACCCGGAGAAGGCGGAAGACCUCACGGAGCCAAAGUACAAAGCCAUCAGCAAGCGCGCAGGCGGGUACUUGGAUGAGUGGGCAGAGGUCCUGCAGGUCGAAACCAAGAACGCGUUGGCAAAGGCUGCCAUUAAGCGUGAUAUAGACGACGAUGAUGACGAGAGGCCUGCCAAGAGGGUGAAGGCGGCGCCGAGGAGCGUGAAGGUGUCCGGGCUGGGGCUGACCACAGCACAGCUCAAGGCGGCCAUCGAUGGCGGCGGCUUGAGCAAGAUGUUGGUGGCGGAUCUGAAGGACAUCCUGGCUGCGAGAGGACAGAGCACGACGGGGAAGAAAACCGACCUCAUCGAGAGGGUCGAACAAUGGGUUGAAGACAACGCCUGA